AUGUCGAACGCUGCCGCCCCUAUAAUUCCCGAAAACAAGGGUCUUCAACUCUACUCUCCCCAGUACUAUGGUCUCUGUUCUUUGGGUGGUCUUUUGGCAUGCGGUAUUACCCACACAGCCAUUACUCCCUUGGAUGUUGUGAAGUGCCGUAGACAAGUGAACCCCAACGUUUACCCUAGCAACAUGGCUGGUUUACGUUCCUUAUUCGGUAAGGAAGGUAUUCGUGGUCUCUUCACCGGUGGUGUCCCCACUUUCCUCGGUUACUCUCUUCAAGGAUUGGGUAAGUAUGGUUUCUACGAAAUUUUCAAGCAGCAAUACUCUAAGGUUGUUGGUUCCGAAAACGCUCACAAUUACCGUACCGGUGUCUACUUGGCUGCCUCUGCUUCUGCUGAAUUGUUGGCUGAUGUUAUGUUGUGCCCUAUGGAAGCUCUCAAGGUUCGUGUCCAAACUACUACUCCCCGUUUCGCCAACACUACUCGUGAGGCUUGGUCUAAGGUUGUUGCUUCUGAAGGUUUCGGUACUCUCUACCGUGGUCUUACUCCUUUGUGGUUCCGUCAAAUUCCCUACACUAUGAUGAAGUUUGCUUCUUUUGAAAAGAUUGUUGAAAGUUUGUACAGUUACAUUGGUAAGCCCAAGAACCAAUACAGCAAGAGUGAAAAGAUCGGUAUUUCUUUUGCUGGUGGUUAUAUGGCUGGUGUUCUCUGCGCUAUCAUUAGCCAUCCCGCUGAUACCAUGGUUUCUAAGCUUAACUCUUCCAAGCAAGCUGGUGAAGGUGUUGGUGCUGCUACUUCUCGUAUCUACAAGAACAUUGGAUUCGGUGGUUUGUGGAACGGUCUCGGUAUGCGUAUUGUCAUGAUUGGUACUUUGACUGGUGCUCAAUGGCUCAUCUAUGACUCCUUCAAGAUUGCUUGUGGUUUCCCUGCUACUGGUGCUUAA